CCCGCCCCGCUUCCCAAGCUCCGGAUCCUCGGAUCCUCCUCCGGUCCCGCUUCCCGGUCGGAGCAACGUCGCCUUCGGGCGGAACGACCUGGAGCGGCCGCCCAGCGGGUGUCCCGGGCCCAGGUGGCUUCCGCGUCAAGAUGGCUGCCGUGCGCCGCCCGCCGGCCGGGCCUCUGCUGCUGCGCGCCGCGCUCUGCCUGCUGUGCUGGGCCCCCGCGGCCGUGCGCGCCGUCCCUGAGCCUGGGCGCUGGGCAGCGACGAUCAGCGACAAAUCAGGACCUUUGAUAUUUAGGAAAAUUAUGUUUAAUUCCACUGACAUCAAGUUUUCUGUUAAAUCAUUCUAUUGUCAAGAACCUGUGAAGUUUACCAUAGAGUGGUAUUUGAAGCAUUAUACUUGUCAAAAUGAAUAUGCUAAGCUGGAUGAGCUGUUACAAAAGCCUGAAAGUGUUGUCAAAGACUUUUGUGUUGAUUAUUUCAAGAACAUCGAAUGUUGGACAACAAAAAAUGAAAACAUAGAUUGCAACAGUGACUUACAGGUGUUUCCCUCAUUAUAUAAUAAAGAACUAAUUUCAAAUAUUGGAAAUGUUUCAAACCAUGAAGAACAAAUGGAUGUUGUUGCAAGAACACAUAGAGAUGGGUUUCACAUCCUUAUUGCUUCUAUUAAAACGGAAAAAACCAAUGCAAAAUGGAAUUUGAAUGUUUCUCUUUCUAUGAUGGGGCCGAAAGGAUAUCUCUCUGCAUCAGAUUGGCCUCUCAUGAUUUUUUACAUGGUGAUGUGCAUUGUCUACAUUUUAUGUGGCUUGCUCUGGCUGAUGUGGUCUGCUUGUUAUUGGAAAGAUAUAUUAAGAAUUCAGUUCUGGAUUGCAGCUGUCAUAUUCCUGGGAAUGCUUGAAAAAGCAGUUUUUUAUGCUGAAUACCAAAACAUCAACAGCACGGGGCUAUCAACCCAAGGGUUGCUGAUAUUUGCGGAGUUGAUAUCUGCGUUCAAGAGGACACUGGCCCGCCUCCUGGUGAUCAUCAUGAGCUUGGGAUACGGCAUCGUGAAGCCUCGCUUAGGGACAGUCAUGCACCGGGUGAUCGGACUGGGGCUUCUCUACUUCAUCUUUGCAGCAGUCGAAGGCGUGAUGAGAGUUGUUGGGGCUUCUAAUCAUUUAGCUGUUCCUUUUGAUGAAAUUAUUUUAGCAGUUAUCGACUCCAUUUUUGUAUGGUUCAUUUUUAUAAGUUCGGCACAAACUAUGAAGACUCUGAGGCUAAGAAAGAACAUGGUGAAAUUUUCUUUAUAUAGGCACUUUACAAAUACUUUGAUCUUUGCUGUGCUGGCUUCUGUCGUGUUUAUGGUGUGGACAACUAUGACAUUUAGAUUUGCAAAAUGUCGAUCAGAUUGGAUGGAAAUCUGGGUUGAUGAAGCGUUUUGGAGCUUCCUUUUUUCACUUAUCCUUAUGGUAAUAAUGUUUUUGUGGAGACCAUCAGCAAAUAAUCAAAGGUAUGCCUUCAUGCCCUUAAUUGAUGAUUCUGAUGAUGAAGUUGAAGAAUUCAUGGUAACAUCUGAAAAUUUAACUGAAGGAAUAAAAUUAAGGACCUCAAAAACGGUUUCCAAUGGAACAGCUAAACCACCGACUUCUGAUAAUUUUGAUGAAGAUUUAAAGUGGGUGGAAGAAAAUAUUCCCUCUUCAUUCACAGACGUAGCUCUUCCAGUAUUGGUAGAUUCAGAUGAGGAAAUUAUGACCAGAUCUGAAAUGGCAGAAAAAAUGUUCUCUUCAGAAAAGAUAAUGUGAAACCUAUUUAACAGUGGAGGACUCCCAGGACUAAAAGAGGUCACACAACACAUUUUUAUGGUGUUAUCUUGGAAAUCUAUGUAUUCAAAUUAAAAAUUCAGUGGGUGGAUGGGUUCUGUACCCUUUUUAAGCUGGCUCUUGAAUAUCAGUUUAAUGUCCAUUAAAUUGCCCUAAUUGGAAAUAAUCUAAGAAAAGUAUUUUGAUAAAACAUAUGCCCCAAAGCCCUAAGCUGAUGGGUGGCAGAUGUGUGGAUUGGGUUGUCUCUUUUUUCUGGAAAAUAUGGCAGUUCCAGAUUUAAGCAUUAUUUUUACAUAAACACUCCUACUAUUCUUCCACUGACCUUUGAGGCAAAUAAAGUGUGGUCAAACACUGCCUCCAUCUCUGGGGUUUAUAGGCACUAGAUGCCAUAGUAAUUUCCUUUGACUUUUAUACUGAAGUGACUUGCUAAUAAGAACGUGGUUAACGCUGGAACAUCGGAUAUUUAUUUGGCUAGGGUGCACACAUUUGCACAAGCCCUGUUUGUCAUCACUGUGCACAUCAAAUCCUGGACGUCUUCACUCUCUCAGCUCAGUGGACACAAGUGCAUGGAGAGAGUGGUCUUGAGGGUCACUUCCAAAGAUUUGCUCUGCCACUGUCCCCUCACUCAGGCUGUACGUGCAUGUGCUGCUGCUGAACCUGCUGGGCAGGAGGUGGACACCUGGCUAGUGGCUCCCUCAGAGCAUGUCCUCCCGACCAGCUGGGCGACCGUGGAGGAAACUAGAAUCUUAUCUUGUAUGUAAUCUUGCAUAGUACUAACGGUACAGUACAUCACUGUUAGUCUUGUAAUUAAUGUCUUAACCUUCAACCAUGUUUUAUACAUUAUUUUAUUAUGUGUAACUUGAAACUUUUCUAAUGCAGAACAUUCUAAAUUUGAAAGGCAGUUGAAAGUUGUCUGAUGGAAGUGUGAAUAUUUGCUGCUUUCAUGAUCAAAGCUCUAGUGGACAUUUAGAGUAGGAAUUAAAGCUAGAGUCAUACAUGUCUUUCUUGUGAGUGAAGAAUGAUCCCAGAGAUUUUGAUUAAGAAGCAUUACAGUACAAACACUUAAAUAUAAUCUUUUUUUUACCUCAUUGUGAAGCCACAAAACAAACUUUUUUCUUUGGAAUUUACUUCUCAUUUACCCAUUUCACAGGGGCUAGUAAAAAAGAUUUAUUUCCAGUAGUAAUGUCUCUUAAAAGAUACUUUCAACUUUAUUUUCAGUCGUGAAUAUCAAGCAGUGUUGUACAUUUCCCAGCAUUCAUGUCCUUCCUGAAAGUGUAGUUCACUCUUACCCCAAGUUGUUUCAGACCCAGAGGUGACCACUGUCCUCUUCCUAAAAUUUUUACCUAAUGCCACUGCCCAGAUUUCGAGACAGGUUCACUCCCAAAUCAUACAGCUGUAGCUGAAUUCUGAAUGCAGAAUCCUGGGCGUCCAGCCAGCAGGAGCUGCCAGCUAGUGGGGUGGGAGUGGGAACAAUGGCCAGUGUGAGACCGGAAACUGCCUCUGACGUAACCUCAAUAAGUGUUUAUAAAAACCGUGUGUUCUGCAGCUGGAAAAAUAAAUGUUGGACCCUGGAUGGCUUAGCCUGAGGCUGAAAUGCAGGCUUUCCUCAUCACCCAGAGAAAGUAGGUUCCCUCCUGACGGCCUGUCAGAAGUACUGUUUUUUCAAAGGCAUGCACUGUGCCCGUCGCUGCCAGUGAUCAUCGAGUCCUCGGUUGAUACCUUGUGUUCUGAAUAGAGGAUUCCUGUGGCGGGCCUUCUGAACCCCCUCAUGUGAACAGGUGGGGGCGCCCUAGGGCUGAGUAGCUCAUACAGAGGACCUGGGGAGAAGUGACACCCAUGGCCACCAUGCAGCUGUCAUCCUGCUUCUGCAUGAAGGUUCCAGAAACUGGCCAUCCAGGUCUGAUUAAUUUCUUAGGAUGCCAUCAAGAUGGGCCUUCCUGUUAAUGAAGGGACCUGAGGACCAGAGUCCACUUUUAUGUUUUUCUAGGCAAAAUGCUUAGAAAAGCAUUUGCAGUUCAUGCUAGAUUUAUAUGCUGUGUAAAAUUAAAAGGGAAUUUUCGUGAUUUGAGUUAGUUGGUAUCUGCUUUAAAAGAUAGUUAAUUUAUUUCAAAAAUGAGAAAAAAUAGAUGAGUACGUGAAUUUUUAAGGCUGAUAGAUAAUGUUUCCAUACAUUUCCUGUAAAGAAAAUAAUUUUUUAAAUCUUUCAUGUCCUAUAGAGAAUAUCGACUUGUCCCCUGUAAUAUGGUACAUUAUGUUUGCACUACUAGAAUAUCGAGACUGAAGUGUAAAAACUGUACAUACAAGAUGAUUUUUAUAUCCUUUUCUAAAAAGGGGUUUGUGUCUGCUGUGCUAGGCUGCACAUGAGUGGUCUAAAGUCAAGAUGUGCUAGUUUAUAAGUCACUGGCUUUGGUACUUGUGUCUUUUGCAUGAUCAACAGCAUGCAAUAAGCAGUACGAAACACCAGGCCUUAUACUGAUAAUUAAAGUCCUCAGCAUAUCAGAUGUAUAUAAGUGACAAAUGAGACUUUUAAGGAAAUGUACAUAUAACACAGGAACUCACUAUACACUAAGAAGCUUCCUUAGAACUAGGAAAGCGUAUUUGGGGAGAAAGGUUAGGGGCUUAAGAAGUUAUAUUUUUCUAUUUUAAAUGGUUAAAUUAUUGUAUAAUUUGGGAAAAGUUGCUUUGAAUGUAGGACAAAACUAUUUCAAAGAUUUUUGUUUGAAAAAAAUGAUAUAUUUUGUGCCUUAAUAUUUGUUCUGACUUUUAAUAAAUUGCUUUCUAAAGUU